GAACACCAGGAGACUCUGAAACUGUUCUGUGAAGAGGAUCAAACACCCAUCUGUGUGGUGUGCGACAGAUCCGGGGCUCACCGCGCUCACACAGUGGUUCCCAUACAGGAGGCUGCCCAGGAGUACAAGGAAAAAAUACAAGCCCAUUUGAAGACUCUGAGGGAAGAGAGAGAAAAGCUGCUGGGAUUUAAAGUGACUGGAGAGAAGAGAAGCCAGGAGUAUCUGAAACAGACAGAAACUGAGAGGCAGAAGAUUGUGUCUGAAUUUCAGCAACUCCAGCAGUUCCUGGAGGAGCAAGAGCGACUCCUGCUGACCCAGCUGGAGAAGCUGGACGAGGAGAUUAUGAAGAUACAGAAUGAAAAUAUCACCAAACUCUCUGAGGAGAUUUUCCAUCUCAGUGAGCUGAUCAGUGAGCUGGAGGGGAUGUGUCAGAAGCCAGCAAGUGAAUUCCUGCAGGAUGUCAAAAGCACCUUGAGUAGGUGUGAGAAGAGGAAGUUCCAGCAGCCAGAGGAGAUUUCUCCUGAACUGGAAGAGCAAGUCAGAGAUUUCUCCCAGAAAACUAUUGUGCUAUUGGCGACUCUGAGGAAAUGCAAAGACACUCUGCUGUCUGCACUGGAGACACAAAUUGGAGAACCCCUAGGAGCACACAGACAGGGUGAGUUCUUCUUUGAGUGA